GUUAGUUCCAAUGUCUCCGCUACGAGCUGUCAUGUAUAUAUAAUGUGCUCGAUUUCUAUCAUUAUUUUUAUUUGUUAAAUGAUACAUUGAACGGUCAUAGAAUACAAAAGCAUUAAAAACAAAAUUGCAUUGUAUUAUGCAUUGUGCUAUUAUCUAGUUCUAGAUAGAUAGAUAAGACAUUUUUUUAUAGAUUAUUCACACAAGCGGCAAUAUUUUAUUUUCAGCAAUGGAUACUGCAGCAAACAGAUGCCCUUUUAUAGAGGAACGUUCUAGAAAGUAUUUGAUUUAUUUUAAUGAAAAAUUACAUUCUUUGAAGUUAUUGUUAAAUCAGUUGAGUAGAAUGAUAGAAAUAUUAGAGGUUUUUAACUUUACAUAUGAUAGUUGUCCUCAAUUACUGGACCAGUUAAAAGUAUUGCAAAUGAUUUCUAGAAAAGAAAGAGACAAAAAGAAAAUUUUAUUCUAGUAAUAACUCCAACAUUUAUUAAAUAAUAAAGAUUUGCAAGAGAAAAUAAACAAACAAAGAAAUUAUGGCACAAAAGAGACAAGACAAGCUUAAACAGUUGGAUAUAGAGGCUCAAGCUCUGUCCAGAGCUUUAAGUAAUGAAGAGCAUGAGGAUACUAAAAAUAUUCAAGUUAGUAAAAAUAGUCAGAGCUUUCAGUUAAGAGGGAUGAAUAUAACAAAUAUAAUUUUUAUGGACAAGAAAGAGAAAAAAGUUAAGUUUUAUAUACAGCUGAUUCUGUAUUAAAACACAAUAAAUGUGACAGAGAUAGAAGAUAGAUAAGCAUAAAAGAUAAGAUAGAGUAUAACAAUGUUACAAAGGGAAGCCAAUGAUUCAUUAUUAACUGUCAAAACAAUUCUGAAAGUAGUGAACAAAAUGAAAGUAUUAGUUAACGAACAUUCGUCAUGAACACAUCUGAAGCUCGCUGUUCUCAGAGUAACUCUACAACCAAAAAACAAAGUGAAAAGCCAAAAACCAGCAAAAGGGGAUGGGCAUACAUAAUUAAAAAUCAAUAUCAAGCUUAUGAUGAUGACAAAUACAGAGAAAUAAUACAAGACACAACUAUUGAAUUUUAUAGAGAAAACAAGUAUAAUAUUGUGAAACCAGGAAAAUUUGCAGUAAAACAUGACUUCUCAGCGCCUUACCAUUUAUUUUUCACAAGAGUGGACUCAUCAGAGGAAACUUACAAUCAACAAUACUCCAUAACUUUUCCUGAGAUUCUUGACAAAAGUCUUGGGGAGAUAGUCAACAGUCUUCAUCUGAAUUUCAAAGUAGACAUCACAUGGCUGUGUACACAAUACAUAUUGGCUGGCCAGCGUACUAACAUGAUGAUUCUGUAUGGUAAUAGAACAGAUGAGACAGAAUUGGGUGACAACAUCACUGCAAUACAAAUGAAGAAGCCAUCUAAUUUUGGAUGCCAUCAUACCAAGAUUAUUAUUCUGCAAUACAGUGAUGGUGGGAUUAGGGUAGUCGUUUCUACUGCCAAUUUGUUCUCUAAAGACUGGGAGGACAAGACACAAGGAUUAUGGAUUUCGCCUCAUUUAUCUCCGUUGCCGGAAUACGCGAAUCUUUGUGUGGGAGAGUCAAAAACGAAUUUUAAAAAGGACCUCUACAAGUAUUUGAGCAAAUACGAGAAUCCUGAUUUGCAUCAAUGGAUAGAGAUAGUGAAGAAGACGAACUUUUCUGACGUAAAUGUGUUUCUCAUCACAUCUGUUCCUGGGGAUUAUGAACAUGAUAAUGCCUGUUGGGGAUACAACAAAUUGUCGCAUAUUCUCUUCUAUCAUGCAACGUUGCCAGAGGACGCACAGAAGUGGCCUCUAAUUGCGCAAAGUUCCAGCAUAGGCAGUCUCGGUUCAAGUUACAAGAAGAGCUGGUUGUCGGAGGAGAUAGUUGAGUCUAUGUCAUACACGCAGGAAACCACGCAGGAUUCAGAGAACCCGGAAUUUAAGUUUAUUUAUCCGUCGUUAAAGAAUUACAAGCAAAGCUACGAUUAUGAAUACUAUAGGAGCUCCUGCCUAUGUUAUAGCAGGGAUAGGCAUGACAAACAGAAGUGGAUAGAAUCGUAUUUAUACCAGUGGAGGGCGGAGAGAACAGGACGGACCCGGGCGAUGCCUCAUAUUAAAUCCUACACGAGGGUCUCACCCGACCUGAAAAGCAUUCCCUGGUUUGUGCUGACCAGCGCGAAUCUCAGCAAAGCCGCGUGGGGAGGCCAGUACUACAACAAAUAUUCUAUAAAAAAUUACGAGGUCGGCGUUGUGUUCCUACCAAAGUUCAUUACCAAGACAACGACGUUUCCAAUCAAGGACGAAGAUAAUUCAGCCGUUCCGAUAUUUCCGAUUCCAUACGAUCUCCCACUGCACCGAUACAACGAGUGGGACACUCCUUAUAUCACAUGAGAGAGAUUUUGCUAUUAGCCUUCAGCGAACACAAUGAUCCAGUAUCAACUUUUGGAAGAUGUAUAUAAUUCAUAGAUAUCUAAAAGUAUACACCAAUUAUAGAUAAUUUGUAGUCGACCCAGUAUCACAUAAAGUAAACACAAAGUAAACAUAUAGUAUCAUCCAUAUUACAAUGUCAGCUCAAUCAUAUGGUAUAUUAUGUUACUGUUGCCUUAUAAUAUAACAAAGUAACAGUUAUGUAAUAUCCCGGGUAGGAAGGUGACGUCUAAAAAUGUCACCUUGCCACCUGGAAUACCAUAUGAUUGAGCUGACAUUGUAAUAUCGAUGAUACUUUGUGUUUACUGGGAAUAGUUAUGUAACUUUGCUUGUUUGUUGACGACCUGAAACUAGUGUAACUAUAUUGUGUAUAUAUAGUUGUUUAACCGAUGCAACCAGUGCUUUUCUAGUUUCGCGGAAUGAUAGAAUUGUUGUAUGUUAAAAAGUUUUUGAAAAAUUUGUAAAUAAUUUUAUUUUUUUAUAUUUAUACUACAUGUAUUAUAUUUUGUUAUAUUUUUAUACUACUGGGGAAUAAUAAACGUCAGCAUUUUUACAUUGAAAA